GCUGAUCAGCCAAGUCUCGGAAACGCUUCUCCAGGACAUGAUCCUGGCACAAGACGAGCCGUUCACGCUUUCUCCGAAGGGCGGGAGGAGUCGUCAGCCCAGCACGGGACGCAUCGACUCUUUUGACUCAGCGCCAGCAGGUGGCCACGCUACGGGCCACACCCCGAUCCUCAGUGCCAAGCACUUCUUUGAGCAGCGGAGCCUCUCCCAAGCGAGCAUUCCCAGCGUGGAGCGCAUACAGUCUGACUUCCUGCAAAGCCAGAUGAGCUGGGCCGGAGCACAAAGCAGCUUGAAGAGGAAACUGUCGCAGAGCUCGAAGUCGUUGAACUCUUUAGCUCUGCACGAUUCAGGUUCGCAUGCCGCGCAUCUGCUAGAACUUGAUGCCGCAGCAGAUAUUGCGAAGCGGGAGCAGGUGGACGACGACACGGGCCACAGCAUUGCCAACGUUGUGGAGUCAUCUGCUCGAAACGAGUCUCCGGGCGCCGCCGUCUUGAGCAAGCGCAAAGAGGCCUCCUUGGCACCGGUCGUUGUCAUGUCCUCUCUGGUUCCCGUCGCGCCGUCGCCUCCGGUGCCAUCGCUGGCACCCGCUCCAUCCCAGGACCUUCCUGGAGUCUUAGAGGCUCCGGAUGAGCAGAACGGCUCAUUGAGUCCAGAGUUUCGGCCUGAUGACGAUGCGCCAAAUCGGAAUGUGUCCUUUGUCAACAUCGCGUCGAUGGCGCAGACCACUAUCCUAGACAACUGGAACAGCAGCCGACCCAAGCAAUGCUCCGACUCCGACGUUGGCGAGGAGGAUAAGCGAUUCAAUGGCGACUGCUGGGACAGCUGGGAUGUCGGCUCGAGAGUGCUGUUGAAGUUCCCAAUUUUCUUGUAUGCGGUGCUGGUUGUGUUCACCCUUGCGGAAGUUGGCAUGGUCCUCUAUUUGAAGUACGAGGGCCAUGCUCGCACCACCAGCAGGGCGAACACUCUGGCCUGCGCAGUGAUUUAUCUUCUUGCGGCAUCUUCGUCAGGUGUCCUUCUUUCGACAGCAAUUCGAUCCGAGGAGUUCCGUCUCGCGCUUGGAAACCUGAGCUCGUUCCUGGCGGACUUUGAGUUGGAUUUUUCACACGCCGCCGGUUUGGCUUGGCGGAAGUAUUUCACUCUGUGGCUCGGCUUUGUGGUGCUGGUAGUAUUCACACAGGUCUGGGAGAUGCAGCGCACCUUCACAGGCCUGGAUCCUGCCGCACGCGAUUCCUCAGAGGUCCAGAUCAUCAUACUUGUGGUUUGCGCCCUGGGUUGCGUGAAUCUCUGCGCUUGCUGCAGCCUGGUCGUUAUCGUGGCAGCAACGCUGUCGCAUUUUCUUCGCGGGCUGGACAAGUGCCUGGACUGCUGGUGUUACGACAUCUCUCAGCACGCGGAUUUCUCAUUCGGGGUUCAAUCCUGGAACCGGAUGCAGGCGUUGCUGAAGUGUGUGGGCCGCCACCUCGCCAGCAGCUUCGUUUCUAUGCAGGCCAUUGCAUUCCUGGGCUUUGUCUACACCCUGGGAAGCAUCGUUGCGAUGGUCUUGAUGCAGAGUGACACGGUGGUCACCCAUCUCAUCUUCGACGGAUUGAGCUCCCUCCCGCUCUUGCUUCUCUUCAUGGUAUGCAUGGCAGUUUCUGCCAACGGCGCUGCAUUGACUGAGAAAUGUCGGAUCAUCCCAUCCUUGGUCAACCAAAUGCCCUCGGAGGAGCCCGUGGAGCAUGAUCGGCAGUAUUUGGUCCAGUUCAUCUCGGACAGUGCUGCUGGGUUUAUCGUGAAGGAUGUGCCGCUGACAAGAGAAAUGUUCGCCAAGCAGUUCAUCCUCAUCGCAGGCCUUACGUCAGGUUUGUUCGCAGCGCUGUCGCGGCUGUCUUUGUGA